AUGGCGUCCACUUCCUCUACUCCUGCCGCCGCCCCUCUCGCGAUGACCUCGGCUUCCCCCGUCGUCGGCAUCAUUGGCAUGGGUGACAUGGGCCGCAUGUACGCCCGUCGUCUUCAGAGCUCUGGUACCAAGGUCGUGGUCUGCGACAAGCCCGACGCAUUUGCCACUCUCCAGACCGAGCUCGCCGACACUGGCAUCCAGGUCCUACGCGACGGACACGCCGUCUCGCGUGUCGCCGACCUGGUGAUCUACAGUGUCGAGGCUGCUGCUAUCACUGCCGUUGUCCGCGAGUACGGCCCCAGCACCAAGAUUGGUGCUACCGUCGCUGGCCAGACUUCGGUCAAGGCUCCCGAGAAGGCCGCAUUUGAAAAGUACCUCCCAGACGACGUCGACAUUGUGUCUAUCCACUCCCUCCACGGCCCAAGUGUUACGACUGAGGGCCAGCCUUUGAUCAUUAUCCACCACCGCGGCCCCGAGGAGAAGGUCAAGAUGGUCGAGGACGUGUUCCGCAGCUUUAAGAGUCGCUACGUUUAUCUGUCGUACGAGGAGCACGAUGAGGUCACUGCCAACACCCAGGCGGUCACCCACGCCGCAUUCUUGAGUAUGGGUAUGGCCUGGAAGUGUUCGGGCAAGUACCCUUGGGAGAACGCACGCUGGGUGUCCGGUAUCGAGGUGGUCAAGGUCAACAUUGCCCUGCGCAUCUACGCGGCCAAGUGGCAUGUCUAUGCCGGCCUCGCAAUCUUGAACCCUGCGGCUCAGCGUCAGAUCCAACAGUACUCUCGCAGUGUGACCGAGCUGUUCAAGCUCAUGGUCGGCCGUCAUGAGGAGGAGCUCUCAAAGCGCGUGUGGGCUGCUCGUGAAGCCGUGUUUGGCUGGGCGCCGAGCGAGGACGCCGUCGCCGACGAGGACGGUGGCCGCCACCCUAUUCUCCUGUCCGAGGAGAUCCUCAACCAGUUCACUCUCGGUACACACGACCCCAAAUCCCAGGAGGAGCCAAACUCGCACUUGUCCCUUCUUGCCAUGGUCGACUGUUGGGCUGCUCUCGGCAUCAAGCCAUUUGACCACCUUGACGUUGCUGGUACGCCAGUGUUCAUGCUCUGGAUCGGUGUUGCGGAGUACCUGUUCCGCUCUCGCGAACGUCUCCAGUCUGCGAUCGAGGCCGGCCUGUCGGACCGCGUGUUCCGUUCAGACGACCUAGAGUUCACGGUCGCCGCACGAGGCUGGGGCGAGUGUGUCAGCUUUGGCAACUUUGACCUCUACGAGAGGAGGUUUAUGGAAACUGCUGACUUUUUCGCGCCACGCUUUGACGAGGCGACCAAGAUGGGAGGCAAGAUGAUCAAGGCCAUCCAGGACGCACGCUGA